AUGUCCAAGCUCUUUGUCAUCAAGCGAGACGGCCGCAAGGAGUCGGUCCAGGUCGACAAAAUCACUGCACGUAUCAAGCGUCUGUGUUACGGCCUCGACCCUGACCACGUCGACCCUAUCCAGAUCACCCUCAAGAUUGCAUCCGGUAUCUACGAGGGUGUUAGCACUAUCGAGCUCGACAACCUGGCUGCCGAGACAGCCGCCUACAUGACCACUCUGCAUCCUGACUAUGCGAUUCUGGCUGCCCGAAUCGCUGUGUCCAACCUGCAUAAGCAGACCAAGAAGCAGUUCUCGCAGGUGGUUUACGACUUGUACCACUACGUGAACCCCCGAAACAAGAAGCACUCGCCCAUGGUCUCCAAGGAGCUGUACGACACCGUGCAGGCCAACGCCGACGAGCUCAACGGCGCCAUUCUCUACGACCGAGACUUCACCUACAACUACUUUGGCUUCAAGACCCUGGAGCGAGCAUACCUGCUGCGAGUCAACGGUGCUGUUGCCGAGCGACCCCAACAGAUGAUCAUGCGAGUCUCUGUCGGUAUCCACGGCGACAACAUUGCCCGGGCCAUUGAGACCUACAACUAUAUGUCUCAGAAGUACUUCACUCACGCUUCCCCCACUCUCUACAACGCCGGAACUCCCCAGCCUCAGAUGUCGUCGUGUUUCCUUGUCAACAUGAAGGACGACUCCAUCGACGGCAUCUACGAUACCCUCAAAACCUGUGCUCUGAUUUCCAAGUCUGCCGGCGGUAUCGGUCUGUCUAUCCACAACAUCCGAGCUACUGGCUCCUACAUUGCUGGAACUAACGGAACCUCCAACGGUAUCGUGCCCAUGCUGCGUGUCUAUAACAACACCGCCCGAUACGUUGAUCAGGGAGGCAACAAGCGACCUGGUGCCUUUGCAAUGUACCUUGAGCCCUGGCACGACGAUAUCUUCGAGUUCUGCGAGCUGCGAAAGAACCACGGAAAGGAAGAGAUUCGAGCCCGAGACCUGUUCCUGGCUCUGUGGAUCCCCGACCUGUUCAUGGAGCGAGUCGAGCAGAACGCUGAAUGGACCCUGAUGUGCCCCAACGAGUGCCCCGGUCUUGACGACGUCUAUGGUGAUGAGUUUAAGCAGCUGUACGAGCAGUACGAGAAGGAGGGCCGAGGCCGACGAACCAUCCCUGCCCAGAAGCUGUGGUACCACAUUCUCGACUGCCAGACCGAGUCCGGCAACCCCUUCAUGCUGUACAAGGACUCCUGCAACCGAAAGUCCAACCAGAAGAACCUCGGAACAAUUAAGUCUUCUAACCUGUGCUGUGAGAUUGUAGAGUACUCUUCUCCUGAUGAGGUCGCUGUCUGCAACCUGGCUUCCAUCGCUCUGCCCACUUUUGUUACUCGAGACGACACCAACUCGUUCUACGACUUCAAGAAGCUGCACGACAUUGCCAAGGUCAUUGUGCGAAACCUCAACGCUAUCAUCGACCGAAACUACUACCCGGUCCCCGAGGCCAAGAAGUCUAACAUGCGACACCGACCCAUUGCUCUGGGUGUCCAGGGUCUGGCCGACACCUUCAUGGCUCUACGACUCCCAUUUGAGUCCGAGGAGGCCAAGAAGCUCAACAUCCAGAUCUUCGAGACCAUCUACCACGGAGCUGUCGAAGCCUCUUACGAGAUGGCUCUUGAGGACGGUGCCUACGAGACCUUCCAGGGCUCCCCUGCCUCCAAGGGUGACCUCCAGUUCGAUCUCUGGAACGUGACUCCUUCCGAGCUGUGGGAGUGGGACGAUCUCAAGGCCAAGAUCAUGAAGACUGGUAUGCGAAACUCGCUGUUGGUCGCUCCCAUGCCCACUGCCUCCACUUCCCAGAUUCUUGGUUUCAAUGAGUGCUUCGAGCCCUACACUUCCAACAUUUACUCUCGACGAGUUCUUGCUGGUGAAUUCCAGAUUGUCAACCCCUGGCUGCUCAAGGACCUGGUUGAGGUUGGCCUGUGGAACGAGACCAUGAAGAACCGAAUUGUUGCUGACAACGGAUCCGUGCAGAACAUCCCCAACAUUCCCCAGGAAAUCAAGGACCUGUACAAGACCGUGUGGGAGAUUUCUCAGAAGCGAAUCAUUGAGAUGGCCGCUGACCGAUCCCCCUUCAUUGACCAGUCUCAGUCCCUCAACAUUCACAUCAAGGACCCUACCAUGGGCAAGCUCACCUCCAUGCACUUCUACGGCUGGAAGAAGGGUCUCAAGACAGGUAUGUACUACCUGCGAACCAUGGCUGCUGCUGCCCCCAUCCAGUUCACCAUUGACCAGGAGGCUCUCAAGACCAUUGACUCCAGCACCGCCAAGGCCAUGCUCAACAAGAAGCCCUACCAGGAGAUCAACUCCAUGGCCAACUUGCGGUCCAUCGAGGACAAGAUUGCCAAGAUUGAUCUGAAUGGAGGCAACAAGGAGAACAACGUCAUGGAGCUGAUCCGAGAGUCCCAGGAAAAGAAGGAGGCUGAGAAGGAGGCCAAGCGAGUCCCUGCUCCCGUGGCUGAGACCAAGGAGGAGACCCAGGAGGAGACCAAGCCCGUUGAAAAGCCUGCUGCUGCUGAAGACAAGCCUGCCGAGGACUCCCCCAUCGCCAAGUCUGAGUACGACAUCUAUGCAGACAAGGUUCUGGCCUGCUCUCUGGCCAACCCCGAGUCUUGUGAGAUGUGCUCUGGUUAA